AUGGUCCGCGCAACCACGCUGUUCGCCGCCACGGCCGCGCUGGCCCUCAAUGCCCACGCCGAGAGCAUCUACGGCAAGAACAGCGCCGUCGUCCAGAUCUCCGGCAUGGACUAUGACCGAGUAAUCGCAAAGUCUAACUACACUUCUAUUGUCGAGUAA